AUGGAGGGGCCAGUGUGGCUUUCCUCCCGCUCCCGCUGCUGCUGCUGCUCCUCCUUCCCCACCUCCCCCCUCCCUCCCUCCCUCCCGCUUCGUCCCUCUCCUCCUCCUCCCUCCUUGGCACAAACUUCUGAAACAUUGGCCCUCCCCGUGGUGAGGGGGCUUGGCGAGCGCAUUUCGCAGCAACAUGCCAAGUUAUUCGAUGAGAUCGACAAUGUUCAGAAAAGUAUGGUAGAGCGCGCAGAGAGCCUGGAACAUCAGUUUUCUGCUGUUAGCUCGGCUGCUUUCCUCUGCUUCCGCUGUGUCGGUUCGGUCGACAGUGCAGGAGGGGCGAUUGCAUCUUUCACCAUCCUGAGGGACAGGCCCGUGCCGCGGGGGCACAAUUGCAUGGCGGUGGGCCGUCGGCGUCGCCUGGCUAGCCUCGUUUAUAUGGCAGGUUCGAUGAUAUUGUCGACGCCGCCGAGGCGGAGGAGGCUUAGGACUUCUUCAUGA